AUGUCGUACAAGAAAGAAACGCCACUCGCCAAUGCUGCAUUUUGGGCUGCGAGAAAAGGAAACCUGGCUCUCCUCCAGCUGCUGCUGAACAGUGGGCGAGUAGAUGUGGACUGCAAAGACAGUCUCGGCACAACAGCUCUGAUGGUAGCAUCUUACUAUGGCCACCUAGACUGUGUACGGGAAUUGGUGUUGCAAGGAGCAGAUAUCAAUCUGCAGAGAGAGUCAGGUGCAACUUCUCUGUUCUUUGCUGCACAGCAAGGCCACAAUGAUGUAGUGAAGUUUCUCUUUGAAUUUGGAGCCUCCACUGAAUUUAAGAAUAAAGAUGGAGGUACUGCUCUUCUAGCUGCUUGUCAGUACGGGCAUGCAAAAGUAGUGGAAACUCUGUUGAAGCACGGUGCCAACAUUCACGAUCAACUUUAUGAUGGAGCUUCUGCAAUUUUCCUGGCAGCACAAGGAGGCUAUUUGGAUGUCAUCCGAUUGCUGCUUUCUUCAGGAGCAAAGGUUAAUCAGCCACGGCAGGAUGGGACGGCUCCUUUGUGGAUUGCAUCACAGAUGGGUCACAGUGAAGUGGUGCGAGUAAUGCUGCUCCGGGGAGCUGAGCGAGAUGCCGCACGGGACGAUGGUACAACUGCUUUACUGAAGGCUGCCAUUAAAGGAUACAACAAUGUAAUAGAAGAAUUGCUGAAAUUCUCUCCCACGCUUGGCCUGCUGAAGAAUGGGACCUCUGCUCUCCACGCGGCCGUCCUGAGCGGCAACGCAAGGACAGUGGCGCUGCUCCUCGAAGCAGGAGCGGACCCAUGCCUGAGGAACAAGGCAAAUGAACUGCCAGCAGAACUAACAAAAAAUGAACGCAUCCUCCGACUCCUCCGUACGAAGGAAAAGCAAAGGAAAAGCUAAUGCAGCCCUGCAGCAAAUGAGGUUUGACAGAGAUGCACCCUGACCACAGUAGCAUGAGAGUAAACCUAGGUUGCCCGAGAAGGGCAUGUUGGAACAGCUCGCAGAACUGAUUAGCCUCUCCAGUACAUGCUCCCUGAAUGCACGAGGACCUUGCUAUGGGGUCACCAUGGGCUAGGGCCUCUGCCCGGCAUCACUGAAUGCAGGACUGCGGUGGGAGCAGGGUUUGGCCCGGGAGCUGCGUUUGGACUGCAGCCCUGCCUGUACUCCAGGAUCCCACCGGUCCCAGCACCGCCGUUUGCUCCUCCGCACCUGCAGCAUAAGCAUCCCCACACACGCAAGUGCUCCCACCGUUUCAGACACGCGUCCCCAUACUGGCAUGGCCGCACACCUGUAAUAGGUGCCUCGGGACACACGUGUGGGUCGGGAGCACUCCACCCUUGUGCCAAAAGGAUGCCCAGACCUCACAGCUCUUUGGAUGCAGCUGGUCGUGGUGCAGCCCCAUGGUGCCGCUGCCCUCCCUGUGCUGGCUGAGCUAGCUCUGACCAUUCCUCUCUACCUCCAAGUGCCACAUGGGGCUAGAGGUGAGAUCCCACCUGCAACAUCCCAACAGGAAAAGUGCUCCUGCCAGCCCAAGGCUUUGGUGACAUUUUAGCUACUACAUGAAGCUCCAUAAAAAUGAUCUAGGGUGUCACAAACUAUGCCAAAAGCUACCAACCAAACAAUAAACAAAGGGACAUCCUUCUCAGUUGUAGCAUCUUGAUCUGUCAAUCCGUCCAGCAACAGAAACACAGCGGAGCAGUUGGUAGCAUUUUGUGAUGCAUACACAGUGCUAUGGUGACCCAUCCUCAACCCUACAGCCUAUGUACGUGCAUUUUUGUGGGUUGGGGAGGAGCGGUUACUGAGCAAACCAACCGGGGCUAUCGUUCAUUGGCGCAAGUACACCAGAAAUUUAGCUGUUGGGCACAACAGCACAGCUGCUAUGCAAGUAGCAUACGUAUGUUCUGCACACACAAAUAUGUGACACUAUGGUUUAGAACCCACAGCUACUAUGCAAUGCACUUGUUCCCCAGGUCUGCGAUGAGACUUAAGGGAGAAGUGCGCAGUGUACAGGUGUUUCAACAGCUGGUGAGGGGGUUACAUGUAGGCACACUCUAACAGGCUCACUAAUUAACGCAGCCAUGGAAAAUGAACUCUCAACAGCAAAUUUUGGCCUUUGAUGUGGUUGAGAUGCUUAGACAUGCUAUGAGUGCCUGUGUGGGGAAGGGCAGUACAAACUCUACCGGGUUUGUAAAGAGCUAUGCUUUAACCAUGUUGCUGUAAGGCACCCCAUUAAAAUGCAGUCAUUUUUGCAGCAUAAACAGUAUAUACUAUUUCCUGUUAGCCACAAAACAUUAAAGAUUAUUUUAUAGUGAGUUCAGGUAUUAAGUUAGUUCAGUACAUAAAUCCAGGCACUUUACCUGCCUUCAAACCUUGGGAAAUUCCUGAAAAAAAUUAUUUAAAAGCUGAAGAUGGAGAAGAUUGUAAGGAAACAAAAUAUUCCCUGCUUAAAAAUGUCUGCCUAGGGUUCUGCUGAACUGUUACACUUUUGCUUCAGUGAGUUAAAAAAAAUCUUUUAGUGAGCUAGCACAAAUGAAUGUAGUUUACAUCGUGCAAAUUAGCCAUAUAUAUUACCAGAUCAUAAAGGUAUUCUUUUUGUGAGUUACAUAAGAAGUUAAGGUUCUGGUGAAGAGAACAGAAGUGGGCAUACCUUUGCUUGCAAGCUGGAAUUGCUAUUUGGCUUCUGUUUAGCAUUAGAAAGGAAAGCUUUAAGUUUUUCAACAAUAUAAGGAGACACCUGAAAAAUCUAUUUGUUUAGGUAAUUUAUGCUGCUGUAUUUUUAAAUUAAAAUAAUGUUGUGCCUAACUGAAAUUUGCAGACUAACUGGUACAGAACCAAAGAAUUAUGCAAGAUGCCUAGAGGAUGAUUGUAUCCAGGGUUAAGUUCUGCAAAAGACUAAAAAAUACUGAGCAUGCAGAAAUCUCAAGAGCCUUAUUGGGAACUUAAGUUGCACAGCAUUGCAUGGGACUGGACUCUAAAUUCUUUAACAAGCAACACUGGAGAGGAUAGGUUUAUCUGGAGCCCCCAGUGGGUUGAAGAUAAACAUAUUGUUUUGGAGAACGCUAGAUGGACUCUUAAGUAGCCUGGCCUCAAUAUUGAUCUUUGUCCCUGAAGUUUCUUCAGAUCAACAGCUGGGAACAGCCAGGCUCUUAAAAUGAAAAGCCCUUUCACAGUUGUAAAGGAGGAGGAUAAUCAUUAGAAGGUCUUCAGUAGUCAUGCUGGGUUAGCAGAAAAAAAACAAACCAAAACCUCUUAAUACCAGACAGGCUGUAAUGAUCAAGCAGUCUUCCUAAUAAAUGUGGAAGCAUCCACUGUUGGUGAGAGUCUCCUAUUUUCUUCCUGAUAGAAGAGCAUAGGAGAGAGGACAGGGCAAGCCAACAGUGGUCCUGUGACAGCUGAAGUAAGCAAGCUGAGACAACAUGCAGGUGUCCAAUAUCUGAAGGUGGCCUCUCCUUUCUCCCACGUGUAUUUUUGUGUUGGAUAUUAGGAAAAUUUCUCCACCAAAAGGGUUGUCAGGCAUUGGAACAGGCUGUCCAGGGAAGUGGUUGAGUCUCCAUCCCUGGAGGUAUUUAAAAGACAUGUAGAUGUGGUGCUCAGGGACAUGGUUUAGUGGCGGACUUGGCAGUGCUGGGUUGGACUUGAUCUUAAAGGUCUUUUCCAACCUAAAUGAUUCUAUGAUUCCUUGGUUCUGAGAGGAUGUAGUUAUCAGGCCCUCUUUUUUUCUGAGUGAUAUUAUGCUAUAACUGGCUUUUCUUAUUUCUAAACAAAAUUUGAAAUGUUCAGCUAGCACAGGUUGAAGGGAGAGGCUUGUAGCUCCCUCCUUGCUCUCAUUAGUGCUGGCUGAGACGGCACACAGGCUGUGUGGGGGGGGCUCCGUGAUGGAGAACUGGCAGCGAAGUGUUUCUCUGCCCCAUUCAGGCUGAAGUUGAAUCUAGCUUCAGCAAAGACCCUGUUCAGCCAACAUGGGAUUUUUAGGCAUGGAAACCUUCCCUUUGGGAGCAUCUGUUUCAUCUCAGAACCUCUGGAGAGGGGGACUGGUUUUAGUUUUGGGUUCCCUAUAACCAAAAGGUGCUUAUUCUGCCUGUAGAUGGGCUAAAAAGUUGCAAUACUGUUUCUCACCAUGCAAUUAACCUUUUCACACAGAAACCUUAAUAAUUGUGAGUAUUUGUGUAGCUGCUGUUACCUUUAAAGUGCUCAGUAAACACUGCUGUGGUUGGUUUGUUGUUCUAAAACGGAAACCUGCUUUCCCUUCCUGGCUGAAGUGAUUCACUAAUAUUGACAGUACUUCUUUGCAUAGUUAUUGUGCCUUUUGUGCAAGGCUUUCAAAGUGCUCCACAGACGCCAUUACCUUUGUAAGUUCUAAAAUGCUUUGCUGGGGUAGGCAGGGAAAUAGAUUAUUUCAUUCACACACCAGUGAAAUGCAGCAGCUGUUCAUCAGUUCAUGUCAACAGACAAGAGUAAAUUUAGACUAGAAAUUAAGGGGCACCAAAUCCAUUUCAUAGAUGGCAUGAUGAAAGUAGGCACCGUAUAAUGAUGUGAAAUAGAACUGGGGCAGGAUAACAGGCCAAGUUGUUUUUUUCGUUCGGUUUUGAUGUUUCUUUUCCCCCAAAAUGCCAUAUAUAUAUCCACCUUACACCCCAAAAAAAUCAGCUCCACUAGCACACUGCUUUUAGGCUUGCCUCUCUGCACAUUCAGAUCCAGGGGUUCAGCCUGCUGUCCUCUCCACCUGGGAUUUAUGCAGGUGCUAUAGCCUGGUAACUUCCCAUCAGCUGCAAGUGAGUACAAAGGAUGUGCAACCAAGAACAGGCUACACAAAUGUGUCAAGGAAAAGUAUAGGGCAUCUUUCUUAUAUUUCAGUAGUAUCAAGCCAUUGUAGGAUGUGGAUAAGCACGAGGAAAGGCCCAUGGGGUAUGGAAAGAAGUGGCAUCCCAUCAGUGACAUAGUAGCGGUGUAGCCUCAGAGGUCCCAAAUACAUGGAGCUCUUCAUUUAAGAUGGUCACUGCAUUUCAGCGUGUGGGGACAUCUAUUUAGUAAUGAUACAAAAGGCAAUGUUGUUCCUCCUGACUUGCACAUGCUGUUCUUCCCUUGGAGCAAAACCAUCUCACUAUUGAUCCACCCACCUUUGUUUAGUUUAGAAGAGCUGAGAGGAUUAGAGCACCAGAUCAAACAGCCGCAGGUCAUAUUUAAUGCACUUUAACAAUGAUGAUUAUUUGCCUCAGAGUCAGAACCUAAUUGCAAGAAUAAUUCACACUUCUUUAGUCAGCCAGUCAUGGUGACUAUUGGGAAAUCCGUAAGUAAACCACAUCUCUUGUUGUCUCAGAAAUUUCAGAGUUGUGCAGAAAAUGAGGUAGCACAAGCCCCAGCCAAUUGUACCUCACGUCAUAUGAGGUACAACUGAAAAGACACAGAAUACUGCCUUUGUCUGGAACCCUUGAGUCAGCAGUGUUAAAAUGUUAAAAUGUAGCGUUUGCUCCAAGUCCAACCAAAGAUUAUACACAAGGCUCUUUUUUCCAGCAACCAAAUAUUGUACUGCACACAGAGGACUAAAUGGAGUUGUGCCUUCUCACAGUGGCCCUGCAUUUGGUCCUUGGGAAUGUCACGAUAGUUUCAUACUUUUCUGAACUCCACAGUUUGUUUUGACCUGGCCUUUUAUGCUUUUGAUAAAACCUAUAUAAAUUUAUGUAACUACUUGUAAGACUAAUAUUCUGCAACAGGAAUCUUGCUUUGCUAAAACACAUUUUUCCAUCCCAUCAUUUCAAUAAAAAAUAAUAUACU